UACGAAUACUCAAGAGUUUUCGGAGUGUCACUGUAUGAAAUGGUCUGGGCGGUCGGUUUCUGUCCAGUGUCGGCUAUAGUCCAGUACAUACCGUACAUAUAUGUUCUACAUUUUGACUUGAAACUUCAUCCGGUUCAGACAUGAAGUCUGGAGAAGAGGCUGAACAUUUUGAGGAGUUGAACGGCUUGCCCAACGACUCUCACUUUUUAAAACCUUACUUAUUAAAACUGAGGCAAAAAGCGGAACAAGAAGACGUACUGCGCGAACACCUACAUGUAUCAGACAGUUUUUUAAUUAAGUUUCUAAGAGCCAGAGAUUUUGAUGUUGAAUUGUCGCUUAAGUUACUGAUUAACUACCACCGUUGGAGGAGAGAAUGUCCUGAAAUCAGUGGCAAUCUGUACGCAUCCUCAGUCAUCGGCCUCCUCCAAAACAACUAUCACGGAGUGCUCAAGUCUCGGGAUGCCAGUGGCAGCAGAGUACUGAUAUACAGGAUUGGUCAGUGGAAUCCAAAGGAAUUCACAGCCUAUGAGGUCUUCCGCGUGAGCCUCAUAACCUCAGAGCUGAUUGUCCAGGAAACGGACACCCAGAGGAGCGGAGUCAAGGCCAUAUUUGACCUCCAGGGCUGGUGCUUCGCUCAUGCCCUCCAAAUCAACGCCUCCCUGGCCAAAAAGAUCUCAGCAGUGCUCACGGACUCAUUCCCGCUGAAGGUGAGAGGAAUCCACCUGCUGAACGAGCCCCUGCUCUUCCGCCCCGUCUUCGCCAUGAUCCGCCCCUUCCUGCCCGACAAAAUCAAGCAAAGGGUGCACAUGCAUGGCAGUUCCUUCCUCUGCAGCCUGUGCCAGCACUUCCCCCACAGCAUCCUACCCCCGGAGUACGGGGGCACGGGGCCAGGGCUGGAGGAGGUGUGCCAGGACUGGACCAGCUUCAUCGUGCAGUCAGAGGAACAGCUGCUCCAGCUGUCUACGACAGGCCCUUCCUGAAGCCCUGCGCUGACCCCACGCUGACCCCUCACAUUGCCUUUGUGACAUCAUCACCUGGUAAUUCUGACCUUCUGCACUGGUGAAGGCAGGUAGCUAAGGAGCAGGAACUGCAGACCUGACCUCCUGUAGGCUCAAAUCCCUUGUGUUGUGCUUUUGAAUGUGAGGCCUGAAUUGCUUUUAUUUACAUCCAGGUGUGUUUAUGUGUGUGCGUGUGUGUGUGUGUGUGUUAGAAUAAGUUUAGGAUAGCUCAUAAGCAAAUGGAUGUAGUAUGUCAUCUCUAAAGACUGGGAACAGAAUUAGGAUUGCUUUUUUAUACAUACAGUGUGAAUACAAGGGAUGUACAGUGUAUCAUAAUUGUGUUCACAAUGUCAUAAAUGUCCAAUAUUUUAAUAGUUAUUUCUAUUGUUUGGCAUGAGAUAAUGUUCCCUCUAUUGAAAGCAUAUUAAUUAAUUUUUAACAUUCUCUUAAUUGUACAAUAUUUGACUUACAUUUAACAUUUUAGUUUGAAUGACUUCUCAUAGUUAGUCCUGUUUAGGGUUCAUAAUGAAAUACCAAAUCUAAUAUGUAAUAUAUGUUGCUUUUGUAUUUUACCUGAUUACCUGUAUUGAUUUUUUUUUUUAAUACAAGCAGAAGGAUAUUGUAAUUCUUCAGAGCCAAGUCUUAAUUCUACACAAGCAGGUCAAAAUCACAAAUAAUGCACCAUACUGUUUCUAACUCACUGUUCUCAGUGUCUAACGACUGCUGAAAAGAUGAAUUGUGUUUAUCAUUCUCUCUGUGUAGCAUUUUAAUAAAUGUAGCUCAAUGCUGAAACAUAUGAGCAGAACAAUG